AAACAAAAACAAACAAAAAAACAAACAAACAAAAAAAAAAACGGGCCAAUAAGCGUCUGGAUCGACGCGCCAAUGACCAAGAAGUUUUCUGGAAUCUGACGUGAGUGACGUCAUUGAGCCGCGCCAGAUGAGAGCGGUGGAACCCAGCCCAUUUCUCCAGUCUUAUCGGCGUUUGGCUUGUUCCCUCCGCGUCUGUGGACCUCCGCUUCCAUGUCCCCGGUGGACACAGCAUCCCGGAACCUCCACGCCCAUGGCCACUAGCUUGAGGACGCCCGCUUUCCCCUCAUGUUCUUCUGCCUCGACAGACACAGACGACGAGGGAGUGCGCGGCACUUGUGAAGAUGCUUCUAUGUGCAAGAGGUUUGCAGUAAGCCUUGGUUACUGGCAUGAUCCAUACAUUCAGCACUUUGUAAGACUGUCUAAGGAAAGGAAGGCCCCCGAAAUUAACAGAGGAUAUUUUGCUCGAGUCCAUGGCGUCAGUCAGCUGAUAAAGGCAUUUCUGCGGAAGACAGAAUGUCAUUGUCAAAUUAUAAAUCUUGGGGCUGGGAUGGAUACCACCUUCUGGAGACUAAAGGAUGAAGAUCUUCUCCCAAGAAAAUAUUUUGAGGUUGACUUUCCGGUCAUAGUCACGAGAAAGCUGCACAGCAUCAAAGUCAAGCCAUUCUUAUUACAACCCAUCAUAGAAUUACAUUCAGAGGACCCGCUUCAAAUCGAUGGACACCUGUUGGAUUCAAAGAGAUAUGCUGUUAUUGGAGCAGAUCUCCGAGAUUUACCUGAACUGGAAGAGAAACUAAAGAAAUGUAACAUGAAUCCACAAUUGCCAACACUCCUGAUCACCGAAUGUGUGCUGGUUUAUAUGACUCCGGAGCAGUCGGCCAACCUUCUCAAGUGGGCAGCCAGCAGUUUUGACACCGCCAUGUUCAUAAACUACGAACAGGUGAACAUGGAUGACCGGUUUGGACAGAUCAUGAUCGAGAACCUACGGAGGCGACAAUGUGACCUGGCAGGAGUGCAGACUUGCAAGUCGUUAGAGUCACAGAAAGAACGGCUCCUGUCGAAUGGGUGGGAAACGGCGUCAGCAGUCGACAUGAUGGAACUGUACAGCAAAUUGCCUCAAGCUGAAGUGAGCAGAAUAGAGUCACUUGAAUUCCUGGAUGAAAUGGAGCUUCUCGAACAGCUCAUGCAGCAUUACUGCCUUUGUUGGGCAACCAAAGGAGGACAUGAACUCGGUUUGAAGGAAAUCACUUACUGAUCUGUUGGAGGCCCAUGCUGAGCUGGCAGCUGAAGAAACUGACCUUCCCAGAGUUGCUGGGCUGCAUUUCCUGGGUGGUGGCCAGACCUGGCCCAUCAGCCUCAUCCCACACCCCGAGAAGCCUCAGCUCCUAGGGCUGUCGCACCACCUUCUGUGCCCAUUGACUUAUGGUUGAAAUAAAUCCCAUUUGUUGC